GUUGAAUGCCAUAUAAUUGUCGUUUAAAUAAACAGAUCAAAACACACCUGACAAAAUCUUUCCAUCAUCAGCAACAGCAAGCCUAAACCACAGAGAAUCCGAUAAGCUUCAACAGUCAACACCAACCCCUCACCAUUAUCGGUUUUAUUUUUCCAUUAAAAAAGCUCCUAUUCACAAAAUCGAAUCCCAGGCAAACAGUCUGUCUCUGUGUGGGUGUGUGUUCUUGCGCGUUUGUGAAUUGUAUAUCCUCUGUUCUAAUCAUGGGGUUGGAGAAGAAGCUUUGCGGCGGAGUUCUCGUCAGGAACCACGCAAAGCGGUGGCUUUGCGGUGGCGAUGUGGGGCGGCGGCGUGGCUUCUCGGCUUCGGCUCAGAAGCCGGAUCUGCCGGCUUUCGACUACGAGCCCAAGCCGUACACGGGCCCUUUGGCCGACGAGGUUCUGGAGAAGCGCAGGAGAUAUCUUGGCCCUUCUCUUUUUCAUUACUACCAAAAGCCCCUGAAUAUUGUCGAAGGCAAAAUGCAGUAUUUGUAUGAUGAGAAUGGAAGAAGAUAUCUCGAUGCAUUUGCUGGAAUCGUGACAGUUUCUUGUGGUCACUGCCAUCCCGAGAUCUUGAAUGCCAUAACUGAACAAAGCAAGCUACUACAACACGCAACUACAAUAUAUUUGCACCAUGCAAUAGCCGAUUUUGCUGAGGCUCUGGCAUCUAAGAUGCCUGGAAAUUUAAAGGUUGUUUAUUUUGUAAAUUCUGGGACAGAAGCCAAUGAGCUAGCAAUGUUGAUGGCGAGAUUGUACAGUGGCAGCCUUGGGAUGAUUGCCCUUAGAAAUGCAUAUCACGGUGGAAGUUCGAAUACAAUCGGACUCACGGCUCUUAACACAUGGAAAUACCCAAUUCCACAGGGCGAAAUUCAUCAUGUUGUGAACCCAAACCCAUACAGGGGCGUGUUUGGGUCUGAUGCAAAACGAUAUGCCGAGGAUGUACAAGACCACAUUGAUCACGGUACAUCAGGAAAAGUCGCUGGAUUUAUUGCCGAGACAAUUCAGGGAGUUGGUGGGGCAGUUGAAUUGGCACCAGGAUAUCUAAAACUGGUUUACGAUAGUGUUCGUAAAGCUGGUGGUGUAUGCAUUGCAGAUGAAGUGCAAACGGGCUUCGGUCGAACAGGGACCCAUUAUUGGGGUUUCGAAACGCAGGGUGUAGUUCCCGACAUUGUUACCAUGGCUAAGGGCAUAGGCAAUGGUUUGCCUCUUGGAGCUGUCGUGACAACUCCUGAAAUAGCAAGUGUUUUGGCUCAAAAAAUACAAUUCAACACCUUUGGAGGAAACCCCGUAUGCUCGGCUGGUGGGCUUGCCGUGCUCAAUGUUCUCGAUAAGGAAAAACGUCAACAACAUUGUGCCGAGGUCGGCUCUCACAUGAUCCAACGUAUAAGGGAUCUUCAACAAAAGCAUGACAUUAUUGGCGAUGUGAGGGGCAGAGGCCUAAUGGUCGGUAUAGAACUUGUGACUGACAGAAAUCAGAAGACGCCGGCCAAAGCUGAAACUGCGGUUUUGUUUGAAACCCUCAGAGAACUGGGUGUUUUGGUCGGGAAAGGUGGCCUUCACGGUAAUGUCUUCAGAGUAAAGCCUCCUAUGUGUUUUUCAAGAUGUGAUGCAGAUUUCCUGGUUGAUGCAUUGGACUAUGCCAUGUCAAAGUUGUGAACAUAAUCCCGAAAAGGUCAAAACUUUGGAACCAACUUGAAAAGACUUGUUUUUUUAGCACUCCUGCGAGAAAUGCCUUGUGAAACAGAAACUUGCAUGUUUAAUUAAUUGCUGUCUUAUUGUUAAAUCCAGAAUCUCAAACAGUUCACUGUCUCUUGGACCAUCUUUCUUUGUUUGGGUUUUUAUAGUAGAAAAUGGUCUUUUUUGUGCAAUUUUUACGUGAUGAUGGAUUAACAGAUAAUGAAGUUCAGUCACAAUUUAGUUGGUAAAAAAAAAAAAUGGAAG